AUGCGUCAAUUCAUCCUGCUUGCUUGGGUUGCCGCCGCCUCGGCCCAAAUGGACAUGAAAGCGCUGAUUGGCAACCUGUCUCCCCAGUGCCAAGCCGCCGCCGGCGGCCUGAUGACCAGCGAAUUCUCGUCUUGCAGCAACCUCAUGGGCCUUGUCAACAUCCUGGGCGCCCAAGGCUCCCUUCUCACCCCGUGGAAUGCAUGGGUCGAUAGCGUUUGUGGCAUGCCUCCCUGCUCAACUUCCACCAUUACUACCGCCGCGACCAGCGUCAAAGGUGGCUGUGAAGCUGAUGCCAAAAAGGGAGUGGCCGCUGCUCUUGAAAUGACCACGCUAGUCAACAACUACGAAACUGUUCGCAAUGCGUUGUGCUUGGGAUACAAGUCCAAUCACACUCGAUGUGCUUCCGACCUCUUGGCCAAUGCCGAGAAAGCCGCCGGUCGUCCACUCACCUUGACCGAAGUCAGCGGCUUCUUAACCGAAGGCGUCAACAGCUUAACCCCAGUUCUUUCCAAAAUGCCCAAGGAAAGCGUAUGUAACGACUGUGGACAUGCACUCGUCACUGUCCUCACGCCGACCUCAUCCAUGCCCGGGAUGGCUAUGAACUCGACGAUGGCCUCGAUGCCCAUGAACGGCAAAUCGAUGGCUGGCUCCGGCGGCACUGGAAACCUGACGUCGGGAGCAACCGCCAUGUGCGGAGCUUCCUUUGCCGACGGAAAGAUCCCCGACACCAUCGCCACUUCCACCGGGCCAUCAUCCUCCAACCUUCCUGGCGACGGAUCCAAGAACCCCGCUAGUGGCGGAGCCCCCAACUCCGCUACCUCCAUGGACAUCCCCCUCUUCACCUCCCUGGCCAUUCUCGCCACAGCCACUGUUUUCACCAUCUUGUUCUGA